UUCAACCGCUAAAAUCACAUUUCUCCCCUAUUCAGAUACUCAGUUUGAACUUUAGCACCCCAGUGCCAAAGUGCAUUGAGAUUGUGGCAUGUGAUUGGCUGAUUAGAUGUUAACGUCUCUAAUGAGAUGGCUGGCGACGGUAUUUAGAGUUAAAUGUAAAAACAGAAAAGAUUAAAAAGAUUAAAAGAUUACAAGUUUAUUAACAUUCUUCAAUGUCCUGAUUUUUUUAAUGUUUAUAAUUGUAUAAUAAUCGUAUAAAACAUCAUAAGAUAUAAUAAUAGUGACUCUGAAGCUCAGUCUAGUGUGUGAAGUUGUGGGGAUGGGAGACUUUUUGUUCUUUGCACAAACAUACCUAAGCAAUACAACUAAAAAUGGCGUAAUUAAUGAAGGCGAAAGUGUGCUUACUCAUCUCGGUUCCUGCAUUGUGGACAACAUUGGCUGUUGUUGAAAGAUGGAUUGGAAACCCUUUCAAAACAAGCAAACAAGGCCUCCCUGUGACAGCGCAAACAAUGACAGAGGAGAGAGCUUCACACUGACCCUUUCUUAGGUCCGACUGGUUCAUCUGGUCAUGGGCCAGUUCAGUGUAAACACACAAAUACACCCUAAUGUCAGUGUGUCUCUUUUCUGAAAGGUUCAUCGAGUUGUAAUGGAUGUGGUGGCUGUGAAACAACAGAGCAAAGCAGCGGUCAUCUGGACCGUGGGGAUAAGUGUUAGCUUGAAAGAAAUAUCAGAAAACCGGUGUUUCAGGAAGUGAAAGUACCCCUCUGCUCUCAUGUUUGCAAUUCACUUCAGGAAUGUAAUUUUCCAGAAGAAUCAGGACAGUUCAAUUCACAUAGAGGUUGCAGUUUUCUAAUAUUCAUACUUAUCAGCACUCUCCAAAGCCUUAAAACGGUCUCUAAACCUUAUGGAUUAGUGGGACGUGGAGUCAAGAACUCAGCACAAUACCCUCUGGAGGUCACCCCGAGUUAAAGCUUUGAUUCUUCUAUUAAAAAUCCUAACUAAGCAGAAAAGUCAAAGAAAAAAACCACUUCGCUGUCCCUUCUUCACCUUCGUUGUUGAAGUUUAAGGUUUGUUAGAACAAGCCUGAGAUGAUACCUAACUCAGAGAAAGAUGGGGCUGGUGGACAGCGGAGCAGAUACAGAACAUAUUUUUCAGUCACUACUUCCGAACAGCUCAGCAAACGCACACUGACUGUUGCAUGAAUCAUUGAAUUAAGAGCCAUUUUUAUAUGUUUAUGUCUUUUGGGUUCAUGUUCAACCCAGAAUAAUAUGAUCCUCAAUCUGGGGGGGAGGGUGUUCCUUCCGUCUUUUGCCUUUCACCAUCAUCUGUCCUGUUGUCAUUUGAUUAUAAAGAUUACCCAGGCACACACACGCAAACAACAGAGAGCCACACUGUUACUCCUGGACUCCUGAGGGUGCUGUGGAGGAGGUGCUCCUUUCUUCAUCUCUCACAGCUCAACUAGUUAUUGAGCACCAGGACAGGCUCUGCCACUUCAAUGCGAUCCUCCUGCCACUGCUGCUCUCCUUCGGCUCACACAGAACCACAACAGGGACUGCAAAAAGUUUCAACUUUGAAAGAUCUCUCCAUUUGCAAGUGGGUCCCUGAGGCCAGAUUUUGAUCUUUACUGUGCCAGCACUUAAUGACAUUGGCAUGCCCUGGUCAAGACCUCAUGCUGGUGGAGCAGAGGACAUGGACAACAUAGAUGACCACCACUACGAGGGCUCCCUGUUCCCCACCUCCACCCUUAUCCCUGUCACUGUCAUCUGCAUCCUUAUUUUCAUUGUCGGGGUGACAGGCAAUACCAUGACCAUCCUCAUCAUCCAGCGCUUCAAGGACAUGAAGACUACCACCAACCUCUAUCUCUCCAGCAUGGCAGUGUCUGACCUCAUCAUCUUCCUGUGCCUGCCAUUUGAUCUGUACCGCUUGUGGAAGUAUGUGCCCUGGCUUUUUGGGGAAGUCGUGUGCCGCUUGUAUCACUACAUCUUUGAGGGCUGCACUUCGGCCACGAUCCUUCACAUCACGGCACUGAGCAUCGAGCGCUACCUGGCCAUCAGCUUCCCCCUCCGAAGCAAGGUGGUGGUGACCAGACGCAGGGUCCAGUACAUCAUCUUUGCCCUGUGGGGUUUCACCUUGGUCUCUGCAGCUCCCACGCUCUUCUUGGUAGGGGUCGAGUAUGACAACGAAACACACCCAGAUUACAACACGGGGCAGUGCAAGCACACCAACUACGCUAUCAUCUCGGGACAGCUGCACAUCAUGCUCUGGGUGUCCACCACAUACUUUUUCUGCCCAAUGCUCUGCCUCAUCUUUCUCUACGGCUCCAUCGGGUGCAAGUUAUGGAAGAGCAAAAAUGACCUGCAAGGCCCCUGUGCGCUGGCCCGAGAGAGGUCACACAGGCAAACGGUCAAGAUCCUGGUGGUGGUGGUGCUGGCCUUCAUCAUCUGCUGGCUGCCGUACCACAUCGGCAGAAACCUCUUCGCCCAGGUGGACGACUACGAAACAGCCAUGCUGAGCCAGAACUUCAACAUGGCCUCCAUGGUUCUCUGCUACCUUAGCGCCUCCAUCAACCCCGUCGUCUAUAACCUGAUGUCGCGGAAGUACAGGGCCGCGGCCAAGCGGCUCUUCCUGCUGCACCAGCGGCCCAGGCAAGCCCGCUGUGGCCAGAGACAGCUCUGCGUAAUAGAUCACAUCUCCACCCUGAAUGAAAGCCUUACAGGGGUCUGAGAGGAGUCAACACAUAAUGAGCACUCACAAGCUUGUUUGACUUCACUGCCAGGGGGGAAUCUGCAGGUCUCUUUAAAGUUCAGGGGGUUAGGA